AUGUUCACCAUUGAUGAGGAUGCUAUUAUAUGGCCUAGGAGGUUUAACCAGGUCCAGCCUCUAUCUCUGUGCAAUAACAACUGCCAUUCAGGUUAUACAAGGAGCAAGAUAGAAGGGAAGCCCUUUUGCUGCUAUAAUUGUCUUCAAUGUCCACCUGGGAAGAUUUCCAACAGGGAAGACAUGGAUGACUGUUUCCAGUGUCCAGAAGAUCAAUAUGCAAAUGAGAAUCAGGAUUCUUGUCUUUCAAAAGUUGUAGCAUUUUUGAUCUAUGAAGAACCUUUGGGGACCGUUUUAGCCAGUUCUGCUUUUUUCUUUUCUAUGGUCACAGCUGCAGUCCUUUGGAUCUUUAUUAAGCAUCAGGACACUCCCAUAGUCAAAGCCAACAACCAGAAUCUCACCUAUGUUCUCCUUAUUGCUCUCCUGUUGUCUUUUCUCUGUACUUUGUUAUUUCUUGGCAAACCUUCCAAGGUGACAUGUGUCCUUCGUCAAAUUGCCUUUGGUAUCAUCUUCUCUGUGGCCAUUUCUUGUUUGUUAGCUAAAACCAUCAUGGUGGUUCUGGCUUUCAUGGCCACCAAGCCAGGGUCCAAGAUGACCAAAUGGGUGGGGAAAAUGUUAGCUAUUUCCAUUGUGCUCUUGUUUAUUCAAGGAAUUAUUUGUGCUAUAUGGCUGACAACAUCUCCCCCAUUCUCAGAUGCUGACAUGAAUUCAAUGGCACAAGAAAUAGUUCUGAUGUGUAAUGAAGGAUCUGACUACAUGUUCCACUGUGUCUUGGGCUUUAUGGGUUUCCUUGCUUUCGUCAGCUUCACAGUGGCUUUCCUAGCAAGGAAAUUGCCUGAUGCUUUCAGUGAAGCCAAGUUUAUCACUUUCAGCAUGUUGGUCUUCUGCAGCAACUUCUGGUUGUGCUUUGUUCCAAUGUACCUGAGCACAAAGGGAAAAUAUAUGGUUGCUGUGGAGAUCUUCUCCAUUAUAGCUUCUAGCGCUGGGCUACUGAUUUGUAUCUUUUCUCCCAAAUGCUACAUCAUUGUGUUGAGGCCUGAUCUGAACAAAAAAGAACAGCUGAAAAGACAAAAGAACAGAAUAAUUUAA